GGAGAUAAAAGGAGCACUGAACGAGAGAGAGCUCUUAGUUUUCUCAGCCUUUCAGGACGUAGUGAGGAAGUCUCUAGUUUCCUAACAUCAUGACCACCACCACCAGGCAAUACACCUCCUCCUCCUCCAUGAGGGGGCCUGUGGGUUUCAGUGGGGGCUCUUCGCGGUUUUCCUCCUCCCAUCUUGGAGGGGGCUACAGAGCACCCAGCAUCCAUGGUGGAGCCGGUGGCCUCUCUGUCUCUUCCACUCGCUACGUCUCUGGAGUAGGCAGUGCCCUUGGUGGUGGCUAUGGGGGCAGCUACUCUAGCAGUGUGGGUGGCGGCUUUGGUGGUGGCGGCUUUGGUGGUGCCAUUGGUAGCAGCUUUGGUGGCGGCUAUGGUGGCAUUGGUAGUGGCAUUGGUGGCGGCUUUGGUAGCGGCUUUGGUGGCAUUGGUAGUGGCAUUGGUGGUGGCUUUGGAGGUGGCUUUGUUGCUGGCGGUGAUGGGAUCUUGGGUGGGGGAGAAAAGGAGACCAUGCAGAACCUGAAUGACCGUCUGGCGAACUACCUGGAUAAGGUGCGGCAGCUGGAGGAUGCCAACUCGGAGCUGGAGAUUAAGAUCAAGGAGUGGUACAAGAAGCAGGGACCCGGCCCAGACCGUGACUACAGCCAUUAUUUCAGGACCAUUGAGGACCUGCGUAGCAAGAUUCUUGCUGCCUCUGUUCAGAAUGCCAGCAUCCUUUUGCAGCUUGACAAUGCUAAGUUGACUGCUGAUGACUUCAGAACCAAGCUUGAGACAGAGCAUGCACUGCGCAUGAGUGUUGAAGCUGACAUCAAUGGCUUGCGCAGAGUCUUGGAUGAAUUAACUCUGGCCAGAUCUGACAAUGAAAUGCAGUUGGAAAAUCUGAAGGAGGAGCUGGCUUACCUGAAGAAGAACCAUGAGGAGGAAAUGAGUGUCUUCCGAAGCCAACUGGGUGGAGAAAUCACAGUUGAAAUGGACGCUGCUCCAGGGGUGGACCUGACCAAGAUCCUGUCGGAGAUGCGUGAGCAGUAUGAAUGCAUGGCAGAGAAGAACCGCAAAGAGGCUGAGCAGUGGUUCCUCAGUAAGACUGAGGAGCUGCAUCAAGAAGUUGCCAUCAAUACAGAGCAGCUAAGUAGCGGCAAGUCCGAGAUAACGGAACUCAGACGCACCUUCCAAAACUUGGAGAUAGAGCUGCAGUCCCAACUCAGCUUGAAAUCAGCACUAGAGGGCACCUUGGCAGAGACAGAAGCCCGCUAUGGCACCCAGCUUGCCCAGCUCCAGGCUAUGAUCACCAGUGUGGAGGAGCAGCUGGCCGAGUUGAGGUGUGACAUGGAGCGCCAGAACCACGAAUACAUGAUCCUCCUGGACGUCAAGACCCGCCUGGAACAGGAGAUCGCCACCUACCGUCGCCUGCUGGAGGGAGAAGAAACCCACAUUUCUUCCCAGUAUGCAACGUAUGGCAAAGAGGGACCCACAACCACUCGUCAAGUCCGCACAAUUGUUGAGGAAGUCCAAGAUGGAAAGGUGAUCUCAUCCCGUGAACAGGUCCAUGUCUCUGGGCGUUAAACCUGCAAGCUGUCCUACCUGGCUUAGGCACCUUUGGACAUGCCAACCUUUGGUUUCAUUUGUGAAGUCCUCUGGUUUUUACUUCCCUGGUGCCUUCCCUACUGUCCACAGUUUGAGCCUUGCAUGAUUGCAUCCACAUGGCUCUAAUAAAGCUUUUUCAUUUCAUUCAAGCAAA